CCUCCCCUCCCCCUCCUCCUCUCCAUCCUCAGUGCUCGGAGAUCUGCGGGCUGAGGCUGAGGCCGGUGCCCGGGGUGUGAUCCCCUUUCCUCUCCGGUGUGAUGAGGCUGCUGGCCGGUGCCGGUCUGUGCCUCGCCCUGGCCGCCCUCGCCUUGCUGGCGGUGGCCCUGAGCACCGAUCACUGGUAUGAGACGGACGCCCGGAGACACCGGGACCGGUGCAGGAAGCCUGGGGGGAAGAGGAACGAUCCGGGAUACAUGUACACCCCGGGCCAGCACCUCCCCCUCCGAGGGGAGAAAUCACGGACCGCCCGCGGAGGAGAGCCGCUGUCCAGAGGAGUCCGCCUGAUCUCCAGGGUGGGGGAGGUGUCACACCGGGAAUACCGGUACCGGGAGCUCCCCUCCCCCCGCCCCUACCUGGCCAUGGACAGUCACUGCACCCGCCGCUUCAACUCAACCGUGUCCGGCCUCUGGAGAAGAUGUCACCGGGAGGGCUUCGACAAGGACACCGAGGAGCUCAUCCUGAAAGGACUUGUAAAUCGAUGUGCUCCAGUCCGAUAUCACUACACAUCGUCUUCACUGCCAACAAACCUCCCACUCAAUGUCACCAAGACCAUCCGUCAGGAUGAAUGGCACGCACUCCACCUGCGGCGGAUGACAGCUGGCUUCAUCGGAAUGGCGGUGUCUAUCAUCCUGUUUGGGUGGCUGAUAGGGGUGCUGGGCUGUUGUAAGCAGCAUGACCUCAUGCAAUAUGUGGCCGGGCUGCUAUUUCUCAUGGGAGGAACUUGCUGCAUUAUCUCCCUCUGCACCUGUGUAGCUGGCAUCAAUUUCGAGCUGUCGCGAUACCCGCGCUCUGUAUACGGUUUACCCGAAGACAUCAGCCACGGGUAUGGCUGGUCCAUGUUCUGUGCCUGGGGUGGGCUGGGACUCACCCUCCUCUCCGGAUUCCUCUGCACCUUGGCACCAUCCCUCAGUGCUUCCCAGUCUGCCGUCCACAAACCACGGCAAGAGAACGGAGCCGUGUGACAGAGGAGAAAAAAAAAACGGGAGCAGACGUGACCAGCCGUCCACCCCCAUAAUCCCAAAUAAAAUGAAAACCUUAAAAACUAGAAAAAAGGACACACACUAUCAAGACUGAGGCACCCGUAUUCUGCUGAGGAAGUUGUCCUGUUCAACUUGUGUUUGGUCUGACCGUGUGGUUUGCUUGUGAUAAGUUGCUGAAGCUUGAACCUCAUGUUGGCGAAAAAAAAAAAAAGGGAACUGUGGGACAGUGCGAGACGGGGACAUGUUGUUCACCAAAUGGAACAACCCAUCACUUUUUAGUGUUUGGACUUGCAAGAGAAGUUGGGCUGGAAGAGAAGUUGAAGGGAUAAGGACAUCCAUCAGAUGCAGAUGAGUUCCAGAACUUCGAGAAGUUUCCAGAAGCUCCUUUGUACAGAGACGUUAAUGAGUAUGGAGCGGGCCGCAGUGUUUGGGGAAUUUUAUAUUCAGAGAAACGCACACACACACCUACACCUCUACACACACACACACACACACACACACCUAUUUAAAUAUAUAUACAUGUAUAAGAACAGGUAACCAAUUUUUACAUGUUUUAAUACUAUCCAAAAAAGCAAAGAUUCUCACAUCCAUAAUUUAAUUCCCUACUCCAUUUCCGUUCUAAAUUUCACCCAGAGUGCAGUGCCGUGGCACUCAGCAGGGACUUGGUGACAUUAAAAGCAUAUACGUAGACCUCCUGCCGUGCCUUCAAGUAGGUCCCAUGAACCUACGACUGACUCAGGCUCCACCAGAGAUGCUAUGGGAGGAAUUAAUAUAUAUAUACAUUGCGAAUGACAGGGCACUCAAGCAGACACGUCACGACCAGAUGGUCCAGACAUUGUAAAUGACCGACAUGCCACGUGGGGUUUGGGAGUUCAGAAGGUUAAAAAAAAAAAAAGGGGGGGGGGAGGUGGGAAUUUUUAGUGGUUCCAGAUCACCUUGCUGGGGUGAUGUGAUGUCAUGUACAUGUUGUCCCAUCACGACUUAUAAAAAGCACAUAAUAAAAAUUGUUUAUUGGCGUUUUUAAUACAA